CGGUCCACUAGGGGACCGUGGACAGCUCCCGUCUGAGGAGCAGAGCAACACAGGAGGAGGAGAGGGCUGGACAUGGGGGAGCCACCGAACAGGCCCGUAUGAUCGAGAACAACAAAAUUCGGAUGUGCACUCACCGGGGGAAGAAACACAAAGAGAGCAGAGUGGAGAGGCCACCGGAGGACGGGGAAACAAGCGCGGAAGUGAAGGGAAAAGGGGGAUACGGCUACUGACCCAUCCCGGCGCGUCAGGGGGGAGAAGAGGCGAGGAGAGAGGAAGGAGGAGAAGAAGGAGAAAUAUUUCCGCUCGACCUGAUGGACUGACGACAGAUGAAUGAAGACUGCCUACACUAACGCCUAUCGAUGCCUGGCCAAGGACCUGGACGCUUACGCCAUGAAUACGGACAUGACAAUGGACGGCAUCGGCAGCCUGCACGGCGGGGUGGCGGUGAGCUCUGUGGCCCCUGACGUGGAGCUGAUGAGCGGCCACAGCCCUCACCACGGCCGCGGGAGCUCUUCGGGGGCGGUGGGGGGCCACGGGGCGGCGGCAGCGGCUGCCCUGCGGAUACACCAGGACCUGGCUGCCGCUGCCGCGUCAUCGCGCUCGGCCAUGGUGUCCGGCAUGGCCAGCAUCCUGGACGGUAGUGGGGAGUACCGUCCGGAUCUGUCCCUGCCGCUGCACCACGCCAUGAGCGUCCCCUGCGACACGUCCUCUCCCGGCAUGGGGAUGAGCGGCACUUACACCACCCUAACCCCGCUGCAGCCGCUCCCCCCCAUUUCCACCGUGUCCGACAAGUUCCAUCACCACCACCACCACCACCAUCACCAGCGGCUUUCCGGCAAUGUCAGCGGGAGCUUCACUCUGAUGCGGGACGAGCGUGGGCUGCCGGGCAUGAACAACAUUUACAACCCCUACCACAAGGAUCCCAUGUCCGGGAUGGGUCAGAGCCUUUCCCCGGUGCUCGGCAAUGGCCUGGGCUCCCUCCACAACACCCAGCAGGGUCUCCACAACUACGGCGCCACCACGCACGGAGGUCACGACAAGAUGCUCAACUUCGACCCCACCAUGCUCACCAGAGGGGACCACCACCAGCACCGAGGCCUCGGUGGCCCGGCGGGCGGGAUGAUGCCUCACCUGAACGGCAUGCACCACCCAGGACAUCCUGUGUCGUCAACGGGACAGCCCCCCCACCCCCACCUCCAUUCUCCAUCUCACGGGCCCGUGUUAGCUUCCACCAGGGAAAGGCCGCCCUCCUCCUCUGGGACGCCGGGGGGGAACAGUUCGGGGCAGCUCGAGGAAAUCAACACCAAGGAAGUGGCACAGAGGAUCACAGCCGAGCUGAAACGGUACAGCAUUCCUCAGGCCAUCUUCGCCCAGAGGGUCCUGUGCCGUUCCCAGGGGACGCUCUCGGACCUGCUGAGGAACCCCAAACCCUGGAGUAAACUAAAGUCGGGCCGGGAGACCUUUAGGCGCAUGUGGAAGUGGCUGCAGGAGCCCGAGUUUCAGAGGAUGUCGGCUCUCAGACUGGCAGCGUGCAAGCGGAAGGAGCAAGACACAGCAAAGGAACGCAACAACACACCAAAGAAAUCCCGGCUGGUCUUCACCGACCUGCAGAGGCGAACACUGCUGGCCAUCUUCAAAGAAAACAAGCGACCUUCCAAAGAGAUGCAGCUCACCAUCUCGCAGCAACUGGGCCUCGAACUCACCACCGUCAGCAAUUUCUUCAUGAACGCCCGCCGUCGGAGUCUGGACAAAUGGACAGAUGACGGAGCUAGUCCCGGCGCCCAAUCUUCAGCGUCCAGCACUUGUACCAAAGCGUGACAAUAGGUGGCUGGG